AUGAGAGAAUUGAUAUCCUUGCGUGUUCAUUCUCUGAACAUCCAUUCCAAAGUAACAACCUCAGAAAAGCGACACCUUUUGUUAAAACCCAUUUUAAGUGCUCAACAACAAUUUUAUUUAAUUUUGAACGUUGGAUGUGAAAACAGAUGGAAAUUAGACGCAAGGUCGAAGAAGAAAGAGGAACAUCCAACAGGAGUAAUGCAGUAUCAUUUCGAAGGACAUUCUGAAAUUUCAUUUAACCGUAUGAAUAAUCAUGAGCAGAAGUUGACCAUUUCAUUCUCUGUCAUGUCAAAAAAGUUGUUCAAGCAAGAUAUAUGUGUAGCCGAAGGCAAGAUAGUUCUUGAUGACUUGUCUACGAGUGAUGCCCAUCCCAGUAUCACUGACUACGACAUUCCUCUUGAAAUUACAACUCGAGAAGUGAUUUCACAUAAGAAAUCAUGGACCUCAAUGACUCUGCACUUUACUCUACAAAGGAAGCAACACGAAGCACUUUAUUCUCAGGUCGACGAAAAAGGUGAGGAAAAGAUGAAAAAGAACAAUCAAUUAAGCACAGAUGGUGUUGUCCUUAUGCCUUCACCUGCCAUACCAUUCACCGUUUUGAAAUACAUUCAUUUGAAAUAUACAAAUAUGAUCACACGAGAAAGAAUUACUGUUUGGAUUUAUCCCACUUUAGAUUUUUCAUUUGAAGCUUCUCAAUUGAUUUUUGCCAAUGAAAGAAUCAAGUUUUAUCAAGAACAGUUUUGGUUGGAAGAAUUGGUGAGACAUGAGAAUUUAACACAAAUCUUUAACAAUGAACUGUGUUCGAUGAGGAGAAAACCAAAAUUUGUAAAGGUGGUGAAACAUGAGUGGAUGAUUUCUCCACCAAAUCAACAAGAACCAAAACGACAAGAAAGUACUUGCAAUGAUAAUGAUGACGAACUGCUCCAAUUACCUGACACCACUAUGGUCGUAUGGUUCAUGUCGCUAAAAUUUUCACAUCGACUCAUGCGAGAGGGUUUAAUGGCCAUUGAAAUUGUUUUGGAUAACACGAAUUUUGAAGGAAAUUUAGAAAAGAAGAAUGAGAUCAUGCUAAAACAUGCCAUACAACUAUUAACAGCCAUGGAAAUUUAA